AUGAAUAUGCCACGUUUGGAACUGGAAGUGAAUCAAUCGAUCGGAAAAUACGAAAUAGUGGAUAACGAAUUCGGCAUCGGUGCUUUUGCCCAAGUAUUCGAGAUUAGAGACACAAAAGGACCGAAUUGUCGUCUUCUACUCAAGGCGCAGACUUUUAAAUACUCACAUUUCAAAGAAUGGCGAAUUUUGAACAUAAUGAAGAACGAGAAGGGAUUCACCGAUCUGCUGGACUACUUCAUCAUUGAAUCCGACAACAUUGACCAUUUCUGUAUGGUUAUCCCCUACCAAGGUGAAACCUUCGCCACAGUACUUGCAAGAUCACCGGCUUCUCCAGAAAAUGCAGUCCGGAUUGCCUAUCAUCUAUUCACACUUAUCGAAAAAGUUCAUGCCAUUGGAUUUGUCCAUAGAGAUGUGCACUACAAAAAUGUGUUGAUGGAUAUGAGCGUCGACGGGUUCCUCGAGAUAACCCUUAUCGAUUUCGGAGUUUGCGAGCCUAUCAAUCCACCACCAGAGAAGUCUCGUAUGUGCGCCAGACAUCAAAGUAUCCAUAUGUGUCGCUCGGCAAGAUACUCGGUUUUUGACGACCUUCAGUCACUCGUGUUCCUGAUCAUGCAGUGCAUUGGAAUCACCCCGUUCUUGACUGACAACAAACAAAGAUUCGACAAAAAAUCAGCUUUCCAUGCCGAUCCAUAUCGCUACUUUCCCAACCGAGACAUCACGUGGAUUGCGGAUCUUUAUACACUUAUCGAGGAUCAACGCGAGUCUGGAUACCACUACAACAGCUUGUUGGAUCUUCUGGAUGAGGCGAUUCCCGGAGUGGAUCCAUCUGAACCAAUUCAAUACCGUUGGAGAAAUAACACAUUUCACCUUGCCUAA